AUGUUAGAAUCUGAUGGCUGGUUUUGUGAUCAAGAUUCUAACUGGAAACGUCGAAAAAUGAUCGAUCAUAUGCAGAAUAAACUUAACCGUAUAUCGAAUGAUCGUCCGUCUUUUUUUCAGAAUAAUUGGGAACCAACAUUACAUUGUGAGUUUGCGCGACGCAUUGGUCAUACAGGUGAUGGUGGUAAAUGGAUUUGUGAUAUACAUCGAUAUCAAGAAAUGACUAAUACGACUAUGUUGAUCUAUUCCUUAGGUUCUAAUGGUGAUUUUAGUUUUGAACGAGCUGUUAAAAACGAAUUACCUAAUGCAGAAAUUUACACGUUUGAUAGAGACAUAUAUCAGUGUCCAGCGAAUAUUUGUAUAUCCCAUCAAGCCAAUCUAGGUAGUCAAACAGCCGAUAGUUCUAAAUCUUUACAGACGAUUAUAAAUGAACUUGGUCAUCAAAAACGAGAAAUUCACAUCUUGAAAGUUGAUAUUGAAGGCAGCGAAUUCGAUUUAUUCGAAGAACUAUUUAAAUCUGGAAUGAAAAAUCAAAGUGAUAGUCUUUAUAUUCGUCAGAUUCUUUUUGAAAUUCAUCUUGCAAAAGGUCUACAUGAAGAACCAAGCCAACGCACACAUAGAUUAUUUGAUUUAUUUCGUGCAAAUAACUAUGCAAUAUUUCAUAAAGAAGUAAAUUUGUAUGAUGCUCAGAAUCUCUGUGAAUUUGCAUUGUUACGAUUGAAUGCAGCAUUCUUUUCUUCAAUAACUUAA